AUUCACACACACUUCACAACAUCCUUUGCAACGGAAGGCACCUCUAACAUUUAGUCCCACAUCACAGGGCGAGCGCCUCGUUUGAUGGCGAGAGGUUUUUUUUUGGAGGAUAGAUGUAGUUAUUAUGCACGUAAAAACGUGAAAUAGAAUCUGUGGUGGAGAAAAUGAUUGUACAAAAACAAAGGGUCUUUGUGGUGAUUCUGCAUUUUAUUACGCUCUCCGUAGCUCAUCGUCAUAACAGCCUCCACAGGUCAGCGGAGGACACGCUGGAGGACUCCGGGGGUCACACGCCGCCAGGGCUCUGCAGCUACGGUCAGACCACUUCCUGUUGUUCGGGAUGGAGGAUUGUUCACGGCGUAUGUCAGCCGGUGUGCGCGAGGUUGUGCGUAAAUGGAAGAUGUGUGGGGCCAGACCAGUGUUUAUGCUCCGCGGGGUAUGCAGGACCUCAGUGUGACGAAGAUGUGAAUGAGUGUGGUUUCGUGGAGAGGCCGUGUUCCCACCGCUGCAUGAAUACGCACGGUAGCUACCGCUGUUACUGUGAACCUGGAUACGCACUCAGUGCAGACGGAUACACCUGCGCCAGAGAGGCCGCGUGUUUCUCCCUGCGCUGCCAGUUUGGGUGCCAGAUGGAGAGGGGGGGGGCGGUGCGCUGUCUGUGCCCCCCUGGCCUCCACCUGGCCGCUGACAGCAAGACCUGUGAAGAUGACGAUGAGUGUCGGCGAGGUGCUGAUGUGUGCCGGCCGCGGCGGACCUGCAAGAACACGUUCGGCAGCUUCGUCUGCGUGUGCCGAGAUGGCUUUGUGAUGGGGACGCUCAGCGGCGCCGUGCAGUGUCGAGACGAGGACGAAUGUUUAAUCGGGUCUCACCGCUGCAGCCGCCACGCUCAGUGCGUCAACACAGAUGGUUCCUACACCUGUCAGUGUUUGGAGGGUUACUCCGGCAACGGACGCACCUGCCGGCCCAGGAGAGCCUCACAGUCCAGGGCUGACAUGUACUUCAACUACAAGCUCUCCAAAAGGACCAAGCCCAGAAGACCUUCAUCUUGAACUACUAGCUACAACCUACAAGGCCCAGAUCAAAAGGGACACGCGGCAGAAGGUUAUUACUGAAGAGGUGUUCAGGUUAAACAACGGUCGAUAGAAGUUUUUAAACUCUCAGUGUAAAGUAUAUUUGUUCAGUGAUGAAACAAGGGCCGUCAGUUGCCUUCCGACGAGGCAAAAACCUGGAAUAGUCCCAGCAAUAUUACUCGCCUGUUUCAUUUGGCAAAUGCCCCACACAACAGGGCCGCGCUGGGUACUUUGCUAGAGGGAGUUUGAGCCCAAAAUGGACUGCGAUGCUGGGAGGGCUUUUCCUUGCGCUGACCAGUGUCACCCCUGUUAUUGCACGUUGGACCUACUUUGUUACACAAAAUGCUGCGUAAAAUUGCAAAUAUUGUCAGUGCAUCGCUGGUAGUUUAGUGAAAUGGUCUUAAAUUGCAUUUUCUUCAUAGAAAAAAGGGUUUUGUAAGAUUUCAUCAGAAUUUGUUAAUAAAAGGCUGACCUCUG